AUGGAUCCGGCGACUGCGGGUGGCCUUGCAGUCGGGAUUGCAUCGUUAGCGUUUGAUGUGUUUGAUAAUUCCGUCAAGCUUUUCAAAUUCCUCUCUUCAAUGGUGGACAUGCCCAAGGAAUGUGAGCAAUGUCGACUUCAGCUUAUGAUUGAGUACAACCGGCUCCUUGCCUGGGGUGAGUCGGUUGGCUUGAUUGACGUUCCACAAGGAUCGCACGUGGCUGUAAGUCUUGGAACGAAUGCAAUUGAACUUUGUAGCAUUGUUUCUCGCAUAGGGUGGCUACUCGGAGAGUUUCGAGACAUCAACGCGCGCUGGAAGAAUGAGCUACACCCGUAUCAGGGGAAUGAUCAAGAAACAACAGAGAUAAAUGCCAUGGAUAUGGAUGUGGUCAAGGAAGUUUCGAGCUUGGCGAUUGCCUACGAGAGGACCAAGGAAGAACGCAAGCACUUACGAGGUACCAACCACAUUAUCAAGUGGAUGUCGAAAGGAGCUGGGAAUGCUAAAGAGAUAAUUACGCAUCCUUUUCGCGUUCGAUGGGUCAUGGUGGAUAAAGAAGCUUUCGAGGCAUUGCUUAAAGAUCUCCAUAGCCUCACCGAGCGUAUUCACGAGUUGAUGGGGGACUACCGCGAAAAACGCAUCCACGAAACCACCUCCAAGACUUACCGCGAGAUGGUUCUUGCACGCAACGACAUCAAUGAGCUCAAAGACCUGUUCGAAGCCGUCACCAGUCUAAUCAAGUCUUCCAAAGACACCGGCGACGCGAAUACCGCUUGCCACAAUGAAAAUGACGAGACACUUCGAGAUCUUUUGCGAUUGAAGGAAAUCAACUGUAUCUCCGAUGAAAUUCUGUUGAAGAUUGAGAAUGAUGUGAGCCUUGACAUCGAGAAGGACCUAAAGGACCUACUCAGUGUAAACCGCUACGAUGCUAUCACACUGAGCGAUCACUUUACCUACGCAGAAGCAGAGGGCACAAAAGAUCUUUCAAAGCCGCACCGGCCGAGGGGGGUCUUGACCAAGGAUGGUACGGACUUCGAGGUUUGGAUCGAGUGGAGAACAGUUGACAACGUUGUCAAAGGGUCUGUCCAGGACAAAGAGUCCAGGUUGCGGACGGCAACCCUCGCACAGAUGCUCCACAACAACAAGCCAAGACAUCUCUAUUCACCGAUUUGCAUCGGAUAUAUCGAUGAUCGGGAAAGACACAAUCGAUACGGGUGGAUAUUCAGGAUGCCUGACGGGUCAGAUAAAGGCACUACGCUGAAGACCCUUCACAGCGUACUGGGUCAGAACCAACAUAAGCCAACUCUGGCUCAACGGAUUUCUCUUGCCUGGAAGCUAGCCUCCUCACUUUUAUACCUACACACUACGAAUUGGCUACACAAGGGAAUCCAUAGUGGGAAUGUCAUUUUCUCAUUUGACGGAGACAAAUUCGAUGCCGAGAAACCCAUUCUUUCGGGAUUCGAGUAUUCGCGACCACAGAGCAAUAAAACGACUUCUCGCAGCCUGGACCCAAAGUGGGAUAUCUAUCGAUGGCCAGGCAUCCAGAACGAGGUACCGAAGGCGGCAAACUCUCGAAAGACGUACGACAUCUAUAGCCUUGGCCUGGUCCUUCUCGAGAUUGCCCACUGGAAACCAUUGCAUAAACUAAUGUUUCUUAAGAGAUGGCCAGAGCCGUCCGCUCAGGACUCCAAGAUCCGUGCCUGGCUUUUGGAAGAGGAGCGUCGCCCACCUUUCAAGGAUUCAAAUCCCCUUCUCGAAUUGCGCAACAUUGCUGGAGACAAGUACUGGAAGGCGGUCAGCCGCUGUCUUGUAGCUCAUGGCAAUAUGGGGAUGCACAUUCAGGAGGAGUCUCAUCAGUCACAGGGCUCUGGAGUUGGAAUUGAACUUCAGAAUGCGUUCACUGAGCUUGUAGUUGAGGAGCUUAAAGGUGUUUCAAUCUGA